GCUGAGCGUGCGCAGAGCGUCGCACCUACCAUCAAUAAACCAUACGCGUGUUUACGGAAUUCAAAAACAUCCCAGAGAGUUUUUUAAAGACGGGAGAAGCGUCGUGUGAAGAGCUAAGGGAUGGAGUUCCCCGUGGAUCUGCUGGCUGAUGUCAGCCACGCAGAGCUGGAAUGGACGGCCCAAAACCACAUGAACAACCUCCUCUACAGCAACCCCGAUUCAGCGCAACACCUCACCCUGUCUGACAAUACACAGGUCAACAUAAACAUUUCCAGCGUUGGUUUAGUUCCUCUCUAUGGAAACAGUGACAAAAAGAAGAUCCUGGCCCUCUUCUCUCCCUCUGACCCUCUGACCGCUGUGGCUCUGUUCCUGCUGGACCGCUGGUGGACGGUGGAUGACCUACUCAAGACAGCAGACACUGCUCGAGAUGGAGCUGUGGAGGUGAAGACAGUAGGAGAGAGGAUAGUUUUAUACAUCCUGAACAGAGUCGUCUAUAGAGCCAAAGAGAUGAGCUCAGAUGAGCGCCCCUUCCUCUGCCACGCAGAGAGCGAACAUGCCAAAAUCCUCUGGAUCAACGGAGAGGCUGUCGGCUUCUACUCAGUCAGACCCAAAGGAAGCUUGUGUAGCUCCCUCACUACCAGAAGCUACCUGCUCUCUGUGAUGGAUUCCAUAUUUGUCAGAAAGUGUCAUCGUGGGAAAGGCUUCGGCCUGCAGAUGUUGGAGGACUUUGUGAACAGUUUCAAAGAGGACAGUCUGGGUUUGAGGUACCCCCUCACAAAGCCCAUGUACAAAGUGUGUGAGAAGUACCUGCGUCAGUAUCCGGAGGUAGCAGACCUACUGUGGGAAGUCGAGAGCAUCGGAGGACCAAAACAGAGGACCAAAAUCUCCAGCAGGAUCCAGACCAUGGCCCUGAGCGCAGUGUCAAAGAGUCUGACGUUCACAGAGGAAUCCAUCAGGAUCACUGAAGUGACUGAAAAAGAUGUUUUGAUGGAGGCAAUAACCACACAGUUGAAAGAAACUGAGUCUGUGGAGUGCACAUUUGAAAUCGUGGAGGAGGUUGCUGUACUGAGAGCUACCAAAGUUUUAGAUGACGAGGUGCCUGUUGUGGCCCGGGGUCGGAGCAGUGGAUCCAAACAAAGAAAGAUGGCAGAGAGAAUCACAGAGGACAAGACGGAGAGAGUGAUCAGGAUUGAAGACAUUGAAGCCGAAACCCCAAGAGGUAAUCUGCAAAAUAUUUCUGACCUGGUGAAGACUGAGGAUGUUUUGAGUUUGACUCCUGAAGAAAACGGAGUGGAUGUAGUUGAUACUUCACCUGAAGAAGAAGAAGAGGUAUCUCUGAUGUCAGACAAACCAGCCCCACAGGAUAUAACACCUGAGGAGCUCCAAACAAAAGAUGAUGGCACACAGGAUGUGAACACCUCUCAUAACUCGCAGGUGAUAGUCGAGAACGUGGCAUCAGAAAUAGAGGAAGCAGAGGAAGUUUUAGAGGAACACAAAGAAGCAGAAACUGACAUUGUGGAGAAAGAUGAAAAGUCAGAAGAAACUGUUACACAACACGAGGCGAUCAUAACCACACAUGAAACAUCACAGGAUAGUAAAGCUGCAAAAACAGGACGAGCAGUUGUAAAGGCAAUACAAACAGUAAAAAGUGAAACCCCUCAAAGGAGAUCCCUGCGGCAGAGAAAAGCCGAGGAGGAGGUGAAGGAGGAAAGUCCAGCUGUGGGUGGAGGGAGAAUUCUGAGAGGAAGAACUGUGAUGAGCACGCCCACACCCAGAUCUACACGCCACAGCCAGAGAGUACACAGAGAAAUAAAGACGAGGGUCGAGGAAGUUUCUGCAUCUGAAGUCGUGGAGGAGGUGACUGUAACAGAAGAAAUAACCUCUGUGAAAGAGCAUGUUGGAGAAGAGCAGCUGGAAGAAGACAAACAGACAAAUGAAGAGGAGGCCCAGGAGCAAGAGGAGUCUGUUGUGAAGGCUCUAGAAGCAGCAGAGAUGAUGAAUCCAGAUGAAUCUGAAAAAGACCAGAACACUGAGGAUGUCCAAACAUCAGUGAUACAGGAUGAACAAGAAGUCUCUGGUGAUGAUGAUGAUGAUGAUGAUGAUGAUGAUGAUGAUGAUGAUGAUGAGGAAGAGGAACCUCCUGUUGUGCAGAAAAGAUCUCAAAGAGGCAGACGUAAACUCACAGCUAAACCUACACCUAAAAGGCAGAGCAGAAGACUUCAGAAACAUGAUGAAGAGCAGACAGAGGAGGCUGAGCUUGAAGCAGGUGACAAGGCAACAGAGGAACAGGUGGAGGAACAAGAGGAUAUGCAAGACAAAACAGAAGAGAAGAUACAAACCGUGGAGGAAGAAGUUACACCUCCAAAUGCAGAAGAAGCAGCAGAGGACGUUAAACCUUCGACUGAGGAAGAGGAGCAGACGGAGGGAGCGACAGAGGCUGCAUCUGUGAUGGAAACGGAUAAAGAAGAAGAGUCUGACACUGUUGCUGCUGCCUCUGAAUCUGAUGUUGCCGAAAAGGUUGAUGAAGCCGCUUUACCUGCAGCAGAAGAGCCUCAGGAAAAAUACAUUGUCUCUGAAAUCCCUCCACUGCGGGAAGCCACUGUCGUUCUAGUGGACCUCAAAACAACCUGGGCUGAUCUGGGUGUGAAGGAGGGAGACGAAACACCUGCUGAUGAAGAGUUUGUUGCUGCAGAAAAGGAAGAGACGGAGCUGAUAUCAACAGAAGAGAAGAAAGAAGAAGAACCAGCGGUGACUACAGGAACACCGAGACAGGGAAGGGGCCGACCAAGAAAAACCCCCCAAAAACCAAUUGAAGAGGAGGUUUCUCAGAGUUCAGAGGAAGAGGAGGCAGCUGAGGAAGCAUCUGUGGAAAAGACAGAUGAGGAAGAGAUAGCAGAAAAGGUUGAUGAGCAGGCUUCUUCUGAGACGGAGGAACAUGUAGAGCCAGAGGAAGGACGAAAUGUAGUGGAAGAGAAAACUGAAGCGAUAUCCGAAGCAUCUGAAAAGGCUGAGGAAGGGGAAAAAGAACAAGAAGAAACAGCGGCUGUGGAUGCUCCUGAAGAAAAAACUGCUGCUGAGGCUGAGGAGGAGCAUAGAGAAGAAGAGAAUGUUUCUGGCUCUCCAAGACAGGAAGGGAUCUCUACCUCUGGAAGGGGUAGAGGCCGACCGAGAAAAACCCCCCAAAAACCAAUCCAGAAAAAAAAAGAAGAGGAGGUAUCUCAGAUUUCAGAGGAAGAGGGACCAGUUGUAGGAAAAACUGCUGCUGAGCAGAGGGAAGGAUCAAUGGAAGAUGAGAAUAUUUCUGACUCUCCAAGACAGGAAGGGAUCUCUGCCAUUGGAAGAGGUAGGGGCCGACCGAGAAAAACCCCCCAAAAACCAAUCCAGAAGAAAAAAGAAGAGGAGGUAUCUCAGACUUCAGAGGAAGAGGAACCAGAAGAGGAACCAGUUGUAGAAAAAACUGCUGCUGAGGCUGAAGAGGAGAAUAUUUCUGGCUCUCCAAGACAGGAAGGGAUCUCUGCCUCUGGAAGGGGUAGGGGCCGACCAAGAAAAACCCCUCAAAAACCAAUCCAGAAGAAAAAAGAAGAGGAGGUAUCUCAGACUUCGGAGGAAGAGGAACCAGUUGUAGAAAAAACUGCUGCUGAGGCUGAAGAGGAGAAUAUUUCUGGCUCUCCAAGACAGGAAGGGAUCUCUGCCUCUGGAAGGGGUAGGGGCCGACCAAGAAAAACCCCUCAAAAACCAAUCCAGAAGAAAAAAGGAGAGGAGGUAUCUCAGACUUCAGAGCAAGAGGAACCAGUUGUAGACAAAACUGCUGCGGAGGCUGAGGAGGAGCAGAGGGAAGAAACAAUGGAAGAGGAGAAUAUUUCUGGCUCUCCAAGACAGGAAGGUAUCUCUACCUCUGGAAGGGGAAGGGGCCGACCGAGAAAAAAAACCCAAAAACCAAUCCAGAAGAAAAAAGAAGAGGAGGUAUCUCAGACUUCAGAGGAAGAGGAACCAGAAGAGGAACCAGUUGUAGAAAAAACUGCUGCGGAGGCUGAAGAGGAGAAUAUUUCUGGCUCUCCAAGACCAGAAGGGAUCUCUGCCUCUGGAAGGGGUAGGGGCCGACCGAGAAAAACCCCAAAAAAAACAAUCCAGAAGAAAAAAGAAGAGGUUUCUCAGACAUCAGAGGAAGAGGAGGCAGCUGAGGAACCAGUUGUAGUUAAAACUGGUGAAGAAGAGAGAGUCAAUAAGGUUGAGGAGCAGUCUGCUUCGGAGAAGGAGGAACAUGUACAGCCAGAAGGAGAGGUGGAGGCAGAGGAAGGACAAAGUGUAGUGGAAGAGAAAACUGAAGUAAUAUCCGAAACAUCUGAAAAAGCUGAGGAAGCGGAAAAAGAACAAGAAACAGCAGUUGUGGAUGCUCCUGAAGAAAAAACUGCUGCUGAGGCUGAGGAGGAGCAGAGGGAAGAAGCAAUGGAAGAGGAGAAUGUUUCUGAUAGCCCUAUUGAAGCAGAACAAACUGAGCAGGAGGGGGUUGUAAAGGAACCUGAAGGGCUGGAGGAGAAAGCAGAGCAUGCAGCCACAACACCUGAAUCAGUGGAGGAGAAAGCUGAGAAUGCAGCCACAACACCUGAACCAGUGGAGGAGAAAGCAGAGCAUGCAGCCACAACACCUGAACCAGUGGAGGAGAAAGCAGAGGAUGCAGUCACAACACGUGAAACAGUGGAGGAGAAAGCAGAGGAUGCAGCCACAACACCUGAACCAGUGGAGGAGAAAGCAGAGCAUGCAGCCACAACACCUGAAUCAGUGGAGGAGAAAGCAGAGCAUGCAGCCACAACACCUGAACCAGUGGAGGAGAAUGCAGAGGAUGCAGUCACAACACGUGAAACAGUGGAGGAGAAAGCAGAGGAUGCAGCCACAACACCUGAAACAGUGGAGGAGAAAGCAGAGGAUGCAGUCACAACACCUGAACCAGUGGGGGAGAAAGCAGAGGGUGCAGCCACAACACCUGAAUCAGUGGAGGAGAAAGCAGAGGAUGCAGUCACAACACGUGAACCGGUGGAGGAGAAAGCAGAGGAUGCAGCCACAACACGUGAACCAGUGGAGGAGAAAGCAGAGGAUGCAGCCACAACACCUGAACCAGUGGAGGAGAAAGCAGAGGAGACAGCUAAAGAAGACGAAGAGGAAAAGGAGGGGGAGGGGGAGGAGGUUAUAGUCAUGGAAACCAGAAAACUGAGAGGUAAAAAGCUAGCAGUCAAAGCCACACCAAGACGCAAAUCUGCAAGAAGACAGAAUAAGGACAAGGAAGAGGAGGCUUCUGAGAUUUUAGAAGAGGAGCCAACAGUUGAAGUCAGAGUUCUCAGGGGGGGAAGAAAGUCUACCCCUGUGCAAAGAAAAACACCAAAAAAGACAUGCAAACAACUCCAAGAAGAAGAGAAGAAAGAAGAAGAGGAAUCUCCCAUGGAUGAGCAAAUAGAGGCAGAUGAAGAGAAGGAACAAGCUGAGGAGGAAGCAACCCAACAAGCAGAGCCAGAAAUCACAGAGAAAGAGGUUUCAGUUGCAGAGGAAUCAGUCAUCCAACAAGAUGAUCCAGAGGAGGAACAGGUCGACAAAACUGAGACAGACGUACAAAGCGCUGAUGAUGAAAAGACCUCAGAUGAUGUUGUCCAGGAAGCUGUCACACAGGAUUCAGUGGAGGAGGAGAAGUCAAUCCAUGUAGAAGAAGAGUCAGAAGAAGGACAAAUGACACAAACUGAAGAGGAGGAGACCACGACUGGAGGGACAGACGCUUCAGAUGAUUUAGUCGAAGGAGAAACAGAAACAUCAAAACCUGAACCAGCCACUGACUCAGCUUCACCUACACCCGCAGAAGAAGAGCAACAGAGGAAUGUAGUGGUACAACAGCUUCCCGAGCUCCAAAGAGUCAGCUUGGUUUUAGUGGACCUGAAAAAAACACAUCUUGAGGUCCUCAAAGAGACAGCAGCUGUGGGGGAGAUGGUUUCCGUGGGAGAAACUUCUACUGAAGAAGAAGAGGAGCAGAAGGAAGAAACAAAAGAAGAAGCAGGACAAGCGGAAGAUGUUCCUGUUGAAGCAGAACAAACUGAGCAGGAGGUGGAGAAAGCAGAGGAUGUAGUCACAACACAAGAAACUGGCGAGGGGAAGGCCGAGGAGACGGCUGAAGAAGAUGAGGCCAAAAGUGUUGAUGAAGAGGAGGAGGAGGUUAAAGUCAUUGAAACAAGAACACGGAGAGGUAGAAAGCCAGCUGUCAAAGCCACACCGAUAUGCAAAUCAACAAGAAGAACACAGAAAAAGGAUGAGGAAGAAGAGGAAGUGGCUUCAGAUAUUGUUAAUGAGGAACCAGGAGUUCAAGUCCGAGUUCUCAGGCGGGGGAGGAAGUCUAUCACAGUCGCUCCAAGAAGUUCCAGAAAAAGAACCCGUGAGCAACUUCAGGAAGAAGAGGAGGAGGAGGAGGGAGGAAAGGAAUCUACAGCAGACGAGGGGAACAAGGCAGAAGAGGAAGACGCACAAGCUGAAGAGGAGAAACUUGAGGAUAAGGAUGAAAAUCAACAAGCAGAACCAGAAAUAAGUGAAGAGAAAGCUGAGGAUGCUCCAGAAGAAGGACAGGCUGACAGUAGUGAGACAGAGGGACAAGCUACUGAAGCCUCAGAUGAUGUUGCUGAAGAAGCUGUCACAGAACAAGAUACUGUCAAGGAGGAACAGUCAGUCUCCACCGGUGAAGGUACAGAAGCUGAAACUGGGGAAUUGGCAAAAGAGACACAGCUAACUGGAACUGAAGACCAGGCAGAUCAGGAGGAGGACAUACCGGUUAUUGAAACAAGAGUUCUGAGAAGUGGUGAAAAGAAGGGAAGAAGGUUAGCUCCUUCCUCACUCGGAGGUAAAUCCAAAAGAGCAAGAACACAGCUUGAAACGGAGGAAGAGGAAGAUCAAACUACCCCAGCUGAAUCAGAGGAUGCCAAAGCAGAGCUGGGAGAGGCUGUAGAAACCGAGGAAAGCAAAGAUGAAAAGAUCGAAGAAAAAACUCAAGAGGAUGCUGCAACUCAGGAAAAAGAAACGACAGAACCAGAAGAGGAGUUGGAAAAAGUUGUCGCUGAAGCAGACGAAUCCCCCAAAGAGCAAGAGACCCUGGAGGAGGAACAGCCAGCUGAUUCAGAAGGACAGGUGGAGACACCUGGAAUAGAAGAUGGACAAGUUCCUGAUGAGGAAGAGGCGCCGGUUGUUGAAUCAAAAGUCCUGAGGAGCGGUGGAAAGUCAGUGAGAGCGUCACCGAGGAGCAAAACCACAGAGAAACAACAGACGGAAGACCAAGGAGAGGAGGGGACAGUGGUAGAAAAAGACGCUGAUACAGAUGAACCUGCAGUUCAAAUAAGGGUUCUGAGGAAGGGACGGAAGUCUGCUCCUGCCCCACCGAGACGGAAAGCCAAGAGAGCCCGCACAGAUGUUCAGCCUGAGGAAGAGGGAGACGAUGAAAAAGAAGAAGAAGAGGAAGAAGAGUCAGAGCGGGACUCACCUGAGGAGACAGUGGAGACGACUGGAGAGGAUCCUGAGAAGAAAGAUGUGGAAGAGGAGGAGGUUGAGAGUGCAGCAGGAGGAGGAGGAGAAUUGGUCGAAGAAGGUGAAGAAGAAGAGUUGCCUGAAAAUGAGGAGGAAAGCGUGGCAGCUGUGGACGAGACCGGCACCGACACGAUCGAGACUUCAGCUGAAGUAGACGAGGAGAGCACAGUCGUAGAGAAAUCUACAGAAGUGGAAUCUGACACAGCCGCCGCUCCAGAAGAGGCCCUCGUUGAAGAUGAAUCAGAAAAGGAGGUUGAAGAAGCUCCAGCUCCAUCGACAAGAACUUUACGAAGAUCCAUAAGGCAGAAUUACCAAGAGGAGGAAAGCGAUGAGGACGAUGCAGAGCUGUAUGCAGACGAUGCGGAGCCUGCAACUGAAGGUCCUGCUGAGAAAACAGCUGUUUUGUCCGACCACAGAGCGGUGGAAUCACCAGAUAACCAGACAUCAGAGAGUGAAGAAGAGAAAACCAAGGACAUCUCGGUGAGAGUCAGAAGUCCCAGGAAGAGGACGAAGACUGAUGAUGACGACAAAGAAGAGGUCCUAACAGAAGAACGGAUACUACUACGAAGAAGAUCCAGACGUAUGAGGCGGCGCGUGGACUACAGAGAGAACGUUGUUGAGGAGGAGAGAGCGACAUUGGCCACAGAGGAAGAGAGUGAAGGGGAUAACUCGGCUGAAUGGUCUGGUGAUGAAGCAACACAGAAGGUGGAGAAAAGUAGUAAAGAAGCCAACAGAGAGAGUGUAGGAGCUAGUAAAAAGGGAGGCGCUCUAGACACAGACGAAGAGGCAGAGUCACCAGACGAGCAGGACAUGUCGGAGGAAGAGGCGGAGCCUAUAGUGAUCGAAAAGAGACGUUUAAGAGGGAGGUUAGUUCCUUCAGUUUCGAUCACGCCCACACGGCCCAGAACUAGAGCUACAAAAGAAGAGUCUGAUGAAAAGUCUGAUGAAGAGGAUAGCCCUCAGCCAGCUCUGAAGAGAAUCGACCGCAAGAGAAAGACCGAGGAGGCGACACCAAUCCGCAAAUCCAAGCGUCUCAGCAGAGUUUAGGAUUGACCAGGGAUGGGUAGGGUUGUCACAAUGCAAAUAUUUAAAUUUCGAUAUGACUCUAAUGAAAAUCAAAUGAUGUCGAUCCUUGUUUGAAUGCCACAGCAACAAAAAUAGAAGAACCUCAGUCAUUUUUUUGCAUUGGAUUGCCAAAAAUUCCACACAAACUCCUGCAGGUUGUCUUAAUUGUACAAAAACAGUGGCAACAUUUCACAAGCCUCCUCUUCGUCUUCGCUUAAGGCAGCUUUUUUUAAAAACUUAAGAUUUGAAGCUUGAUACUACCGAUCAUUUAUACAACAGAUCGUAUCGUUUUUAAACCUGUGGUAUCAAUGAGUAUCGAAUUAUCUAUACUUUUGACGCCCUUAGUCUGAAUACUAAUGAUUUUUCAUGACAACACUUUCUGAAAUAGUCACAAAAACACGACGCACACAGUACACAAAGACAGAAAUGUACUUGUUGUGUGAUUGUGCAAACAAAUUUCAAAUGGAAGUAUUUUCGUGCAGAACGUUGUGGUGGAAGCACAAAUUUUGAGCCUGCCAGCCUCCAUGGACUUUUUUAUUUUAGCCCAGAACUUCCUUAUAAACUAAACUAACUAUCAUGUGUGUCAACAGUUUCCACUCUUUGCACACACAGGACCCCAGUUUCUUAGGAAUAUUCUCACAAACUACCAUGAGACAGGGUUGGCCAUUGACAUAAAAUGCAAACUGUAUUUAAACCUCUAAAUGCAACGAGGAGCGGCACUCUCAACCUCCUUGUUUCCUGUUACGAUGCAAUGACAAUAAAGGCCUUUAACUCACUAAAGUAAUGUAAUGUAAAGUCACAAUUGUACAAAAAUGGGGGGAAAGUUCAUACUUAAUAACCACAAACUCACUGAUAAUGUGUUUCCCUGAUUUUGAGAUUAAAACCAACAAAUACCAAACUGGAUGUAAACAUGCAGCAGGGCCAGAUUGGAUUAUUUAUUUAACUAUUUCGUUAAAAAAAAAAGAAAAAAAAAAGCCAUAAUAUGCAUUUUAAUGACAACUUUGAAAAGUGGUGAAUAAUAAUUUUAUAUUGUAAAUAUUUGCUUCUCUCAAUGUGAAUGUGUUUGAAUUUAGAGUGUAGGAGCUGAAAAUGUUUUCGGUUUCUCUUUCCGAUUGAGAUUUUAUUUCGAGGAUUUGUGUCGGUGAUUUUUUUGAACUCAGAAUUAUGCAACAAGAGUGAACGAAGAUAUUUGGUGAGAUCAAGGGAAUUGGUCCUUUUUUGAAUUGUGAGACUCUCAAACAGAUUCAUACUGAAGCCCUGAGCAGACCUUCAUGCAUUAUAUUUUUACUCCAAUUUCCUGUGAUUACGAGUACAUUUCGGUUGUUACCUUGAAAAAAUUAUGACGUUCAAGUCGAGCCCCUGAGACAACAAAAGAAAGGUACACGUUAUCAAAAGGAAAUAUGAGUAAAAUUAAAAGUUUGGUAAUGUAGGGCUUCUGUAGAUUCUUCCUUCACAACAGGAUUAAGAUUCUUUUUUAGUUCUUCUUGUGUGUUUGAUAUUUAGUGAUCUGUACUUUUACCAAAACACGUUGAGCUGAACUCAGGUCUUUACACUAACAUGUUAUUUUUAGAUUAACAUAUGUCAUGUAGAGAUUUUAAAGCGUAGCCGUGUGGGUGUUGAUAGUCGUCUCAUAUUUAACCCCUCACAUGUUUCUUUUCAUCACUUUUAGCGAGGAUGAUUUUCUGAAGCCAUCGUGUAGCGUGAUCUUUUGUAGUCAUUGAUGUCCGUUUAAUGUCAUUUGUAACUUUAGCCUAACGUUAUUAAGCUGUUCGACAUUUGAUAUUUCUCAGACAUAUUUGAGUGUGCAGCACUUCGGGACAUGACCUAUGUGUAUUUUUCCUAAGCAAUGUUUUUCACUAGAUUGACCUUUUCUGUAAAGUUAUUUUUCCAUGGAUUGAAUUCACUAUUUUUCUGUGUUAAAUAAAGAUUUCUGAAGAUAGCA